UUUGCACCAGGCUUGGUAGAAAAACUCAAACAGCAGCAAGAGCAAGUCUUUAAUGGCUUCUGAAACUUGAAAGUCAUAUCUACUGCUCUGUCCUGGAAUAAUUACCGCAGUGUAUUAGCUAUAGCUAUCUUUCUGCAUUAAUGGCUUGUAAAAUAUAUGACUUUUUUUUUUCCUUAACAAGAAAUUGGGCAGACUGGGUUCCUGUUUAGGGAAGAAGGCUGAUAGUAAUUACCAUUGUUAAUGACUUAUCUAUAGCAAAGAAAUCUGAGGCUGUAUCUCUUCAGCCUGUAUUUGUUUUUUUGAAGGAGCUUUGCAAGAGCAUCUUUAGCAUAAGAAAAUGUGUGGAGGAACACCAAAAGCUACAAAUGGCAGGGGGGGACGAAUAGAAAGAGCAAGAAAUAGCAACAAUGUACUACUUGGAAAUAAUCUCUCUCCUACCAAACUGGAUAAAAGGAUUAGAAAAGCUUUGGGAGACCAAAGUGUCAGCUGUGUGAGCAGAGUGACUAAAGUGCUGCAAGACAGCUGGUCCUGUUCAGAGUUUGACUUGAAUGAGAUCCGUCUGAUAGUUUACCAAGACUGUGAGAGAAGAGGCAGACAGGUCUUAUUUGAUUCCAAAGCAGUCCGCAAAAUUGAUGAAGCUGUGGUUCAGAGGAUGACAGAGGAUGCUGCUGUAAAGGCUUCUGCCAAGAACUGCCAAGCAAGCAAUGGGAACAACAGUGUUUCUUCCCACAGCCCCUCAAUGAGUUGUGUGCCAAAUAUCAAAGAGCAGAUACCGAAGUAUCAGUACACCAGACCAGCCUCUGAUGUCAACAUGCUGGGAGAAAUGAUGUUUGGCUCAGUGGCAAUGAGUUACAAAGGUUCCACCUUGAAAAUUCACUAUAUACGCUCUCCCCCACAAUUGAUGAUAAGUAAAGUCUUCUCCGCCAGGGUAGGAAGCUUCAGUGGAAGCAACAAUAACUUACAAGAUAGCUUUGAAUACAUCAACCAAGAUCCCAGCCUGGGAAAGUUGAGCUCUAAUCAGAAUGGUUUGGGAACCUGUCGCAGUGGAAGUAAUUUAGGUGUGUUACAGCUGUGUAGCAGCAAACUGCUGCAGGGUGUGUCUGAAGGAGGCCCCCUCCGGCUCAUCCGCAGUGCUUCUUUCUUUGCAGCACACAGCACACCUGUUGAUAUGCCAAGCAGAGGACAAAAUGAGGACAGAGACAGCGGCAUUGCCCGGUCAGCAUCUCUGAGCAGUCUUCUGGUCACUCCUUUUCCAUCUCCAAGCUCUUCAUCAUCAUCUUCUAGCAGCUAUCAACGUCGCUGGCUCCGAAGUCAGACAACCAGUUUAGAGAAUGGAAUUAUUCCAAGGUGGUCCACUGAAGAAAUGUUUAGUAUGGUUGAUGAAAACUGCGGCUCCAAUCCUGCAAUGGUUCGGAGGAAAAAAAUUGCAAUCAGCAUAAUCUUCUCUCUACCUGAAAAAGAAGAAGCACAGAGACACUUCCAGGACUUCUUUUUCUCUCACUUCCCUCUUUUUGAAUCCCACAUGAACAAGCUAAAGUAUGCAAUAGAAAAGGCCAUGAUCUGCUGCAGAAGAAUAGCGGAAUCUAGCCAAAGAGUGCAGGUUUAUAUCAGCCGUGUCAUGGAUGCCCUGGGAGAAUUCAGAAUUACCAUCUGGAACCUGUAUUCUGUUCCAAGGAUUGCAGAGCCUGUGUGGCUUAAUAUGAUGUCCAACACCCUGGAAAAGAGCCAGUUAUGUCAGCGUUUUCUUAAAGAAUUUACAUUUUUGAUAGAACAGAUCAACAAAAACCAGUUCUUUGCUGCUUUGUUAACUGCGGUGCUGACUUAUCAUCUGGCUUGGGUCCCAACAGUAAUGCCAGUUGACCAUCCUCCUAUAAAGGCCUUCUCUGAGAAACGCACAUCACAGUCUGUGAACAUGCUGGCAAAAUCUCAUCCAUAUAACCCUCUCUGGGCACAGCUUGGUGACCUUUACGGUGCCAUAGGCUCUCCAGUUAGGUUGACUCGGACUGUUAUUGUCGGAAAACGUAAGGAGUUGGUGCAGCGCUUGCUCUAUGUUCUAACUUACUUCAUUCGGUGCUCUGAGCUGCAGGAAAAUCAACUGACAUGGAGUGAAAAGGUUGGGGAAGGAGAGCAAGUGCUAAAUGGAAGCACGAUCACAACCACACUAGAAAAGGGAGAGGUAGAAGAAUCUGACUAUGUGAUUGUCACUGUUAAAAAUGAACCUGCUCUUGUGCCUCCAAUCCUACCUCCAAAGAAUGAUGGAAGUAAGAGGAGUACAACUGCUGAGUGGGUUCAUAAUUCAGAAAGUACUCAUGCUGUGCAAGCCUCCUCAAAAGAAAAGAAUGAAGCAACAGGAAAGGCUAGUCAGAACUCUGAAGCCUCUGUUGACUGUCUAACUAACUCUUUCCAUAAAGGAGCAGCUGAUGGUAGGAGGAGGACUGUUGCUGAUACUGGAGUCAUAUCCUACCACUUUGAAGAACAAUCUGAAUUGGAGGAUUUAAUGGAUCUAAAAAAGAACCAGACUGAAAGCAAAGUGGAAAAGCAGCUGCCUAGUAGGUCAUCUGCCUUACCUUGUCCUGAAAGGUCUGGCCACAGGAGUUCACACUUAGAAAAGGUCACCUUUCAGAUUGGAAGUUCUGCGUCACCAGAGUCGGACUUAGAAGCUCGUAGAAGAGAAAUGGAAGAGAAUCUGAAGGCAUUCAGAAAAAAUCCAGAGGUGAUGCAUUGUGCCUCAAGCUCCACAAGUCUUAAUGUAGACACUUCCCAGAAUCAACAAGAAAGUUGUGUGGCUGCUUUUAUACCCUGCAGUAAACGUAGUUAUGCACAGGUUCCAUCUUGUGAGGGGAAGAAGAGUGUACUUAAUGACCAACAUGUGGAAAGUAAAGGAAUAGAAAUGAAUUUAGCAAACAGAUCUAGUAAACCAGUUCUGCCCACUGAUAAUAUAAUAGCUAUAAAAAUGCCAAACGUGGAAGAAUCUAGAACUUUAUGCUCUGACAAUCUGGAGAGCUGUUCACCUGACUCUGCACAAGUAGCUCCUGCUGUCAAGCAGGAUUCUCCUCAAGUAGGUGCUAAAGAUGUCCCCUAUGGGGAUGCUGGAAGGAAAGUCCCAUUCAGAGUUGAAGGGGACAUUCCAAGGAAUGAGAGUUCAGACAGUGCUCUUGGAGCCAGUGAUGAGGAAGGUGAUUGUUGUAUCUCUGAACUGCUUCAUGAUAACGUCAGCAAAAGACUCGAUGAGUUUGCAGAAGUGGAACUUCCUUUACCGAGGUCAAACACAAUCAGCAGUCAGUGCAUGAAAAAUUUUGGAAGAUCACUUCUAGGUGGUUACUGUCAUACGUAUAUGCCUGAUUUAGUGCUACAUGGAAUAAAUAACGAUGAAAAACUCAAACAAUGUCUACUAGCAGACCUACUUCAUUCAAUGCAUCAUCCAGUGCUAGAUGAGCCCAUAGCAGAAGCUGUCUGCAUUAUUGCAGACACAGAUAAAUGGAAUGUACAGGUAGCUACAAGCCAGAGAAAGAUGAUGGACAACAUGAAGCUAGGCAAGGAUGUCUUGGUGUCUAAUCAAGUAUCCAGUUUAUUGCAGUCUAUUUUACAGCUUUACAAACUCAACCUCCCAGCUGACUUUUGCAUAAUGCAUCUUGAGGAUAGACUACAAGAGAUGUAUCUCAAAAGCAAAAUGCUUUCAGAAUAUCUGAGAGGACAUACAAGAGUGCAUGUAAAAGAACUAGGAAUUGUAUUGGGGAUUGAAUCCAAUGACUUGCCUUUGUUGGCUGCUAUAGCAAGUACUCAUUCCCCAUAUGUUGCUCAAAUACUCUUAUAAAUUAAAAUCUCAGGAUAGUCAUUCCCUUAAAGUAAAGAAUAUGGGAAUCUUGAAUGAAGAACAGAGGUGCCAAACACUGGUAAAGGGGAACAGUGAGGAAAGCAGGUGAUGACUGUGCGUUCUACCACCUUCUGAUUCUGAUUUCAGCUGGAUGUUUUAUCAGAGGACUUCAGUUUACAUAAUGUAAAAUGCAUUCAGGUUUUUCUAACAAUCUCACUUCUGACUUAAAUCAAGAAGGUGACUUCAUCCUUGAAUUUUAUUAUUAUUGCUACUACUAUUCAAAGGACAAAAGUUAACACUAUGGCAGACUAUGAGCUGCCAUCAGAAACGCUGCUCAAAACCAUGAAGUAAUAGUUAAAAGAACAAAUGGGAUAGAAUGGAUUUCAUAAUGCUGCGCUUGCGAGUGUGGUGUUGUGUAUGUUUCUUUGUUGGGGAGGAGGAGCUGUAAACUAUGUAUAUAGCAUUCCUAUACACAAGUAUAUUAGAUGGAACAUGAUUUUUUUGCAGAGUAUAAGCAUGACUUUGUAUAGUAGAAGUGACCAGCUCAGAACAAGGAACCUGGAUUCAGCAGCCAAAUAUGAUGUGGGAAUGGAGGUAUGCAUGAGGUGGUGUGACUUUUUCUUUAAAGGACAAGAGAUUAAGAAAACUGUGGCUGCUUCUGUUUUAAUGAGGAGGAAUUCAAAUGAGCUCUGGUUAGGAGUAGUACCACCCCAAAAAUGGAAUGAACUUCUGAGACGGGGGUUUUGUGGGAAAGCCUUAUGGAGUUUCUGCUACAAGUUUACAUUUGUUGCUGAUGCAACUUUGCUAACUCUUUUGAGUUUCUGUAUGACUGUAGUCCUGGGAAUAAUUAAACCUGUGUCUUGGUGUCAUCAGGUAUUGCUAUCUCUGAGGAGUCUGAAUUUGACAAGCUUGUGGAUUAUAUGUGUGCUAUUUUCUGUGUGUGUGUACACACAUACACCAAGCAAUUGGCAUAAACUCAAGACAAUCUUAGCGGAAAAAAAGAAACCCAAAUCUUUAGUCAAAAAUAUCACCUUUUUUCUAGCUACUAUUUGGUCACUUCACAAAUGAAAUGAAGGGGACAAACCCCAAUAUUACUAUGAAUGUUUGCAGUGGCCCUCUAUGAUUCUACAGAAUUCUCAAACUAUCAUCCUGGUGCCUUUCCUUAAUAGAUUAAUUGCGUUGAGACCAGAAACUACUUCUCCGCUAGCCGAUAUUGGCCUUCUGUGUUUCUAGAAAGCAAAAUAAAAUUUUAUAUUUUACUGUUUUCAUGUGGUUGGUAACAUGAAUGUAAAAAAAAAAAAAAAAACUUUUUUGCAUAAAGUACUGUUAAGCUGGAUAUGAAACUGUUUAUGGACCAGACCAAGGAAAGAA